AAUCAAAACCGACGUUUGCGCCGACGUAAGUAUUAUGAUUUCCGUUCCAACUCUUCCUCCUCUACUUUUCCGUUUCUUCACCUUCCACCGCCCACCUAAACUUUCCCUUCUCUCUCCUCUCCUCCCAAUAUUUAAAGCACUGUAUUAGAGACAUAAAAAAAAACAAAAAAACCCUAGAAAUAUAUUAUACAAUUAAAAAAUAAAAAAAUAAAAAAAUAAAAAAAGUAGUUUCUCUUGUUUCUCUCUCUAUCUUCCCAGAUAUCUGUACUUGCAGAUCCACAAAUUCUCUCUCUUCUCUUCGGGCGGGAAAUUGUCCGUUGAGUGGAAUAAUAACUGAUUUCAUAUUUCAUUCAUACAUAAAAUAAUUCAUAAAAAUGGAUUCUAAACUUUUGAUUGUGGCUCAACUUCCGAAUUUUCUCUCUCCUCUUCGCAAGCUUCCUUGCUUGCAAUUGUGUCGUAGAAUUCCUUGUGCAGCUUCUAGAAGCUUCCAUUACUCUAAAGAUGCUUCUUUACGUCUUCGUCGAUGUUUCUCCGCUGCUUCUGCUGCUAAUGGAAGUACCUUGAUGAGUACUUCUACUCCGUCUAGAAAUGGAGUAUAUACUGUUGGUGAUUUUAUGACAAAAAAGGAGGAUUUGGUGGUCGUAAAGCCUUCAACAACAGUAGAUGAAGCUCUAGAAACGCUGGUGGAGUACAGAAUUACUGGGUUUCCUGUGAUAAAUGAUGAGUGGGAGCUGGUGGGUGUUGUUUCUGAUUAUGAUCUACUGGCUUUGGAUUCCAUAUCAGGUACUGGAAUAGCAGACACAAGCAUGUUUCCUGAGGUUGGCAGUACUUGGAAAGUAUUUAAUGAGCUCCAGAGUUUACUCAGUAAAACAAAUGGUAAAUUGGUAUCUGAUGUGAUGACACAAGUCCCUGUUGCUGUUCGCGAGACCACUAAUCUUGAGGAUGCUGCAAGGUUACUGCUUGAGACAAGAUAUCGUCGACUUCCUGUUGUAGAUGCAAACGGGAAACUGGUGGGAAUUAUUACAAGAGGAAAUGUUGUAAGAGCUGCUCUUCAAAUUAAACGUGAACACGAGAAGAAAGCUCAAUGAUUGAGGCUGUGAGGCAGACAAAUGCAUUGUGAUGGUCAAAAAUUCCUGAUGGAUGGUUUUAGUAAUUUACAGUAGAGGUGGGCAUGUCUUUGCCUUUUGUAGUAUUCUUUUUGUUUUUGCAUCAUGUUUAUAUAAUUUUUUGUAAGCUAGUUGAUCUAUAUAAAUAUAUGGUUACAGUCCACAAAUUUCGAUUGAA